GGCGCAGCCGGCGCGGGCAGGACGCGCCGCCCGGGCUCGGCUCGGCUCGGCUCGGCUCGGCUCGGCUCACGGGUGCGGUCCUCUUUCAGCAUAAAAGCGAGAUUCACAAGGCUCCUCUAAGAUGUCUUACAGAAAGGAGUUAGAAAAAUACCGAGACCUGGAUGAAGACAAGAUCCUUGGAGCACUGACAGAGGAGGAGCUCAGGAAGUUAGAGGAUGAACUGGAAGAGCUGGAUCCUGAUAAUGCAUUGCUGCCAGCAGGGCUCAGGCAGCGGGAUCAGACACAAAAGCCACCAACUGGCCCAUUCAAAAGGGAGGAACUCAUGGCCCACCUAGAAAAGCAGGCAAAGGAUGUUAAAGACAGAGAAGACUUGGUUCCAUUCACGGGUGAAAAGAGAGGAAAAGCUUGGAUCCCCAAGCAGAAGCCAAUGGAUCCUGUUUUGGAAAGUGUGACCCUGGAGCCUGAAUUGGAGGAAGCCCUUGCUAACGCCUCUGAUGCAGAGCUCUGUGACAUUGCUGCCAUCCUUGGUAUGCACACCUUGAUGAGUAACCAGCAGUACUAUGAGGCACUGGGGAGCAGCACCAUCGUGAACAAAGAAGGGCUCAACAGUGUAAUUAAGCCCACACAGUACAAACCAGUUCCGGAUGAGGAACCGAACUCAACGGAUGUGGAGGAAACUCUGAAGCGAAUACAAAGCAAUGAUCCUGACCUCGAGGAAGUCAACCUUAACAAUAUUAUGAAUAUUCCCAUACCAACUCUAAAAGCUUUCGCGGAAGCGCUGAAAAAUAACACCUAUGUGAAGAAGUUCAGUAUAGUUGGGACACGGAGCAAUGAUCCUGUUGCUUUUGCACUGGCAGAAAUGCUGAAGGUCAACAACACGCUGAAGAGCCUGAACGUGGAAUCAAACUUCAUUUCUGGGUCUGGGAUCCUGGCUGUUGUCGAAGCGCUCCAGGGCAACACCUCGCUCGUAGAGCUGCGCAUUGACAACCAGAGCCAGCCCUUGGGCAACAAAGUAGAAAUGGAGAUUGCGAGCAUGUUGGAAAAGAAUACCUCCCUACUGAAGUUUGGGUACCAUUUCACUCAGCAAGGUCCCCGGCUCCGUGCGUCCAAUGCCAUGAUGAAUAACAAUGACCUAGUGAGGAAGAGAAGACUUGCAGAGUUGAACGGGCCUAUUUUUCCCAAGUGCAGAACUGGAGUGUAAUUCCUGGCUGUGGAGGUCAUUCCCGGUGAUCUGUUCUACACUGUGGAAAUCUAAAGGCAAUAAGUGCCUUGACAGAGUAUUUGUGGUGCCUCAGUUCUGUUUUAUGCACUAUCAGUUUAAAUUAACUAGUGGCUGUAGUUGAACAUUUUACCCAGUAGGUCUGUUGAUGUUUUCUGUAGAGUUGGAAACUAUUCAAGCCAGUGACAACCUGCCAACUUUAUGCAACCUCAAUUUAGAGUACAUCUCAGUGUAAAAGUGAUUCUUAAUUAACCUGGGACUUAAUUUUUCUAUAAACUUCCUGCACGGUGUUUCAUACAGUCAGGAUGUGGUAUGCAUGAGUGAAAGAUACAACUGCUCCACACAAAUUACAGAAGUGUUAAAAAAAUACUUUAUUUUUUUCCCCCAAAUUGAUCUCAAGCAACAAUGGAGGAGCAACUAGUUUAACAAGCACUUCUACUACCUGGAAACAUGGCUAAUUUAAAGAAUUGUGAAUUACAGUUUUUUACUGACCUUUGCUGAGUCAAUUUGUUGGAGGUGCUGUAUCAAACACAUCCUCAUGUUUCAUUUUCUCCACCCCCUAAUUAUAAGGAACUUAAGGCCACCAAUUAUGAAACAAGAGUCCCAAGACUUGAGCAGUUUAGGAUGGGCUAAUACUCUUCUACCCUAUCUAUGUCUGAAGAAAAGAGUCACCUUUAGAGAAGUGACACAAAUCCUAAACCCACAGAGAUGGCCAAACUAAUUAUCUAAUCCUUACUCCCUUCAGUUUCCUAAUGUUAAAGCGUGUGUCCAAAUACUCACUGGAAACAUGUCACAUUCUCUCUCUUUCCUGUUUUGUCUGGAUGACCGUGUCCACUAAUUAAAUUUUGUUCUGAUGGGGAUUUUCUUUUACUGCCAUUCCUAAUGUCUGCAUAAGUGCAACAAUAAGUGUUGUGCCCUAGAAAAGCUGGUCAGUGAAAUAGCCCACCUCUGAACUUACACUGCAUACAGUCUGAUAGCUUUUUGUCAGACAGUCUACCACCCAUCAUCUGGCCUGGGAGGAAUUCCUCACAGGCUUGCAUAGUCCCCAGACAUGCAGUGGACCCAGCCCUAUCCCAUCCAAAACUCCUGCUAUUAACCUGGGUGGGAUCCUGCUCUGUAGGAAGAGUCUCCUGUCAGAAGCACUGCCAUACUAAAGCCUUAUUCUUGGUCUGAUGACAUGUCCUAGAAAAUGUUUUCACUUGCUAGAAAUCUGUCUGUAUGCAUCUGUUAAGAGUGAAGUUUUGCAGCCUUUUACGCAUACCCCUGCAAAAGUCCCCCAGACUCCUUUAGAGCUUGUGCACAAAUACCACCUGUGAUUUAUCUCUGACCAGUGAAAGAGAGAAACACUGUACUUUCAGCAGUGCGGGAAACAUGUUUGUUGCUCUUCAAAGCUUAAUAAAUGCACCCGUGGUGUCAAAUAAA